GUGACGAGGUGGAGGAAGGUGAUGAAGUUGCUCCCAUAGAGGAUUCUACAGGUCCGCGCGGAGAUGAGUCUUCGGGGGGGGGGGGGGACCCGGGAGCCUGGUGAGGUGACUCGUCCGAUCAACGGUGGGAUGCAGACGACUCUAUCUGUUUCUGAGUUUGCGUUUCCAGACAAAUUUUCUGAAUCAAUUCGUGCGGAUGCGAAGGCUGCUGCUCGGAAGAAUGCUCUCGUGAUGGAGUACGAAAAAGCUUUGCAGAAGAUGACGUUGGACCUUAAGGAAGCGGAAGAGACGAUCAAGAUAAAAGAGGCUGGGCUUGAAGCGGCUAGAAAGGAGAAGCACGAUAGGGAUAAGGAGUUGGCCGCUGAGCGAGGUCGCUAUUCCCGCAAGCGUCGGCAAGCGAUCCAGACGGCCGCGGAUCUUGAGGAGGAGUUAGAGACCGCCCGGAGCACAAUUUCUCGGCUAGAGGCGGAGAAGGUCGAGGAGCUUGAGAAGACGAAGAGAGCGAUGGAUCGCAUGAGACAAUCUCGCAAUCGCGAGCUUUUAUCCGAGAGAAGUUGCGUGGUUUCUGCGGCUAAUAGGCGUUUUGACAAAUUUUGGAAGUAUAUUGCCGAUCGAGAUGAAAAGGAGGAGAAGCGUCUACUCCACGGUACGGCUCUUGGAACCUUGGACGCGUUGAGUUUAUUGGAGACAAAGGGACUGUCUGUCCCGCAACAACUGAAAGAUCUUUUGACUGCUAACGAGGAGAAGUUCAAGAAAGAGGUAGAAAACGUUAGUGUUGAAGUUAUCACGGAGCACGAUCUUGCUCUCUCACCUCCUCGUAGGGACUUGCUUCCUUAUGGGAACCAAUUUGGGUCAACCUUCGGCACCGUUGAUUCUGAUUCUGCGACGGCUCUUCGAUCUCCUGUCCUUUGUGGUGAGAGUUCGACCGCUGCUUUGGAUCCGGCCGUUGCCUGUCGAUCGGCGGCUGUCACGUCCGAUGGUCGUGCGGUUACUCAGGACAGUCUUGGGGUUUCUGCGCCUGCGGGGGUCGCGGAAGCAGGAAGUGUUGUUUCGUCGGAAGUAGCCAUUGAAGAAUAGCCUUCAAGGGUUGAUCGUGCUACCUUGUUGUUGUUUUACUACUUAUGUUUUUUUUUUAA